GAGAAAGUCUCUGCUGAUGACUUGCAGACGCAUGUGACUGCUUAUAUUCAGAGCGAAGAAGCUAAUUGUUUCUGUUCUGCUUCCCUUGGCAGUGAAUUUGUAUCAUGGCUCACAGAGAUUGGAGAGAUAAGCAAACCAGAGGAAGGGGUCAACCUGGGACAGGCACUAUUGGAAAAUGGAAUCAUUCAUCAUGUUUCAGAUAAGCACCAGUUUAAGAAUGAGCAGGUGAUGUACAGAUUUCGCUAUGAUGAUGGAACAUACAAGCCAAGAAGUGAAUUGGAAGACAUCGUGUCCAAGGGUGUGAGGCUGUACUGCCGACUACACUGCCUGUAUACUCCAGUGGUAAAGGACCGUGACUACCACCUCAAGACCUACAAAUCAGUGAUUCCUGCAAGUAAACUAGUGGAUUGGCUUAUUGCACAGGGAGAUUGUCAGACUCGGGAGGAAGCUGUCGCACUGGGUGUUGGACUCUGCAAUAACGGCUUCAUGCAUCAUGUCCUGGAGAAAAGUGAAUUUAAGGAUGAAUCCUUAUAUUUCCGCUUUUAUGCUGAUGAGGAGAUGGAAGGCACCAGUUCCAAGAGCAAACAAUUACGUAAUGACUUCAAGCUCGUGGAAAACAUCCUGGCCAAGAGUCUUCUGAUUUUACCAGAAGAGGAUGACUAUGGAUUUGACAUAGAAGAAAAGAACAAAGCAAUUGUGGUGAAGUCAGUUCGACAAGGGUCUUCUGCAGAGAUGGCUGGCCUGCAGACAGGAAGAAAAAUCUAUUCCAUCAAUGAGGACUUAAUAUUCCUACGCCCGUUUUCAGAAGUGGAAACCAUCUUAAAUCAGUCCUUCAGCUCACGAAGGCCGCUUAGGCUUCUGGUAGCCACCAAAUCAAAAGAAAUUAUUAAAAUCCCAGAUUGUCCUGAAGCACUUUGCUUUCAGAUCCGGGGAGCAGCACCACCAUAUGUUCAUGCAGUAGGAAGAGGUUCUAAGGCUGCAGCUGUAGGCCUUCAUCCAGGGCAGUGUAUUUUGAAAGUUAAUGGGAAUAAUGCGGCACAUGGAAAUUAUGUGGAAGUUCUGGAGCACUUUACAGCCUACAGGAACAGACAACAGGAAGCACUGGGAUUGUACCAGUGGGUGUACAGAACACAUGAAGAUGCUGAGGAAGCCAGAGUUCAGCAAGCAGCACCCACUGCGUAUCUGAAUGGCAGUGAUCCUGGCUCCGGCAAAGACGACUCUUCACUGGAAGGAGCCCAGACACUGCAGACCCUCAGCUCUCCACUGAUCACUGGUGAAGAAGCCCCUCUCAUUAGCCUGACAGUGGAUAACACCCACCUGGAGCAUGGGGUGGUGUACGAAUACGUCAGCAGUGCAGGAAUCAAAUCCUUUGUCCUGGAGAAAAUUGUGGAACCAAAAGGUUGCUUCAAUCUCACUGCAAAGAUUUUAGAGGCCUUUGCCGCAGAGGACAAUCACUUCGUAAGGAAUUGCAAAAGACUCAUAUCUCUAAGCAGUGCUGUGGCCACCAUGCCCCAGUAUGAAUUCCGGCAAAUCUGUGACACUAAGCUGGAAAGCAUUAGCAGAAGGCUCACAAACUACCAAGAGUUUGCAGAUGAAUUGAAAACAAAGGUGAGCCCAGCCUUCAAACAAGCCCUUAUGGAACCACAUUCCCUCAACAGCAUGGAUUUCUGCCCCACCAACUGCCAUGUGAACCUCAUGGAGGUGUCAUACCCCAAAAACACUACCUCAGCAGGGAGGUCGUUCAGCAUUCGCAUUGGACGGAAGCCCUCUAUUAUUGGUCUUGAUCCAGAACAAGGUACCUUAAAUCCAGUCUCAUAUACUCAGCAUUGCAUCACCACUAUGGCUGCACCAUCCUGGAGAUGUCUGACCCCAGAAGAUGGAGAUACUGAUGGCAGCUUUGGCCAGCAGAAUGGAGGAACAAUUCAGGAAGAAAGGGGACUCAGUUUUCUGCUGAAACAGGAAGAUCGGGAGAUACAGGACUCAUACUUGCACCUUUUUAACAAACUUGACGUUGCAGUGAAGGAGAUGAAGCAAUAUGUCAUUCAGAUAAAUAAACUCCUGUCCACCAUAACAGAGCCUACAGAAGGUGGUGCCUGUGAACCAUCAUCUGCUGAGGAGACGUCUCCCCCUUCCCUGGGAACAGAGGAGGGUGAUCCUGACAAAGCUGAGAUUGGAAUCAAGAAGGUCUGUUUCAAAGUCUCUGAGGAGGACCAGGAAGACUCUGGACAUGACACAAUGAGUUUCAGAGACUCCUACAGUGAAUGUAACAGUAACCGGGACUCAGUGUUGUCAUACACCAGUGUACGGAGUAACAGCUCUUACCUGGGCAGCGAUGAGAUGGGGUCAGGAGAUGAGCUUCCCAAUGAUAUGAGGAUUCCUUUAGACAAACAAGACAAACUUCAUGGCUGUCUGGAACAUCUUUUUAACCAGGUUGAUGCAAUCAAUGCACUUCUGAAAGGACCAGUAAUAACUAAAGCCUUUGAGGAAACCAAGCACUUUCCAAUGGACCACAGUUUGCAAGAAUUUAAACAGAAGGAAGAAACCACAGUUAGGUGCCGGAAUAAUAUUCAAGCCAGCAUUCAGGAAGAUCCAUGGAACCUUCCAUUGCGCAUCAAGAACCUUGUUGAAAUCAUACAAAAACAUGUGGAAGAUGGGAAGAAUCAGCUGCUUUUGGCCUUGUUAAAAUGCACAGAUACUGAGCUACAGCUGAGACGUGAUUCCAUCUUCUGUCAGUCUUUCGUGGCUGCUAUUUGCACCUUUUCAGAGCAGUUACUGGCGGCUCUCAACUAUCGAUACAACAACAAUGGGGAGUACGAAGAGAGCAGCAGAGAUGCCAGCAGAAAAUGGCUGGAACAGAUAGCAGCCACUGGUGUGCUACUUAACUACCAGUCUCUUCUCUCCCCCGCUGUGAAGGAGGAGCGCGCCAUGCUGGAAGACAUCCAGGUCACUCUGACUGAACUGGACAAAGUUGCCUUCUAUUUCAAACAGCUGGAUGAAAGUCUCGUAGCAAAUACUCAUGUCUUCUACCACAUCGAAGGAAGUCGUCAGGCCUUGAAGGUUAUCUUGUAUCUUGACAGCUACUACUUCUCCAAACUGCCUUCUCGGUUUCAGAAUGGGGGAAGCUUGAAACUACACACGGUGCUCUUUACACAAGCUCUGGAGAGUAUGGAGGGGCAAUCACAGCCAGCUGGCUCAUCUCUGGAAGAACUUCCACAGCAAAUUAAUGGUAUUUCGCUUGAAAAAGUGCAGCAAUACUACCGUAAACUCAGGACAUUUUACCUAGAGAGGUCAAACUUGCCAACUGAUUCCAAUGCUACUGCAGUGAAGAUUGACCAGCUUAUUCGCCCCAUUAAUGCGAUGGAUGAGCUUUGCAGGCUGAUGAAGUCUUUCAUUAAUACAAAACCAACCCAGUCGGGAUAUUCCAGCAGUAACACAUCAGGAGCUGGCCUGCUACCUAUAUCCUCUGAGCUCUGUUAUCGACUUGGAGCCUGUCAGAUCACCAUGUGCGGCACUGGGAUGCAGAGAAGUACAUUGAGCGUGUCCCUGGAGCAAGCAGCCAUCCUGGCGAGGAGCCAUGGACUUUUGCCCAAGUGCAUCAUGCAAGCGACAGACAUCAUGCGAAAGCAAGGACCAAGGGUUGAAAUCUCUGCCAAGAAUCUCAAAGUGAUGGACCAAAUGCCACAGUGUGCACCUCGACUCUAUAGGUUGUGCCAGCCACCUACAGAUGGGGAUUUAUAAAAGCAGGAGAGGCACCUACACUGCAGCAUCAUUAAAGCAUCAACUCUGAGCAGCCCAAGGACCCACGCGGACUGACCCUGGUGGUGCUGAAUCAAGAGAGGAAGAGAGACUGCGCUGCUCUGGGAGGAGCUGAACCUGCUGGACCCAGGCACCAGGAAUGUGCCUUGAACCCCUGCAGCACAUGCAGAGAUCCCUGUAUUGCUUUGGCUUCUUGAAGAAAUUCCUGAAACCACC